UCCAGCGAACGUUCCCCCUACGCUUCAAGCAACGUUCGCGGAACGUUUGCCGAACCGAAAAUUGUUCGCCGGGCUAAAUAGCAAUAAAAAAAUCUCAUAACUGUGAGAAAAGAUCCCAAAAUUAUGACUUACUAGCUCAUAAUUACAAGAAAAGAUCCUAAUAAUACGACGUACUAUCCAAUAAUCGCGAGAAAUCUCAUAACUGUGAGAAAAGAUCCUAAAAUUAUCUUAUACUUUCAAGAAAAUAUGUCAAAAUUAUGAUAUACUAUUUCAUAAUUGCGAGAAAAAAAUCUAAUAACUAUGAGAAAAGAUCCUAAAAUUAUGACUUGCUAUCUCAUAAUUACGAGAAAAUAUCUCAAAUUGAGAACAUUUGAGAUAGUAAGUUGUAAUUAUGGGAUCUUUUGUAAUUUUGAGAUCGUUUAUCGUAAUUUUGAGAUAGUACAUUAAGUCAUAAUUAUGAGAUAAGGCCGGUUUUUUUCAUCAGUGAAUGUAUCUGGCAAUAAAACGGAAGACAGCGGUGUGAUGGAUAUUAACGUCAGUUCUUAUCGUUGUGAGAUUAUACUGAUAAGGUCAGUAGCGUCACGGAAAUCAUUUUCAGAUCAUAACAUGGAUCCAUAUGUGGACACAGGCUUUCCCUGAUCAAUCGUUCGUACUGAUAUUAUAUGUUAUCACUGCAUAUUGAUCUUGGACGUUGUUUUUAAGCAACACCCACUUAACGGGUCUCCUGCUAACCGUUUUAGUCAGAGGUGAUGCUCAGUCAGUGAGGAUGAUGAAGAGGGAACCGACGGUAUUUCUACUCCUGCCUGAGUGUGAGUGUGUGUGUAUGUGUGAGUGAGUAUGUGUGUGUGGCACUCAAUGUAUGAGGAAGUCAAAAAACUGAGGAAAUGGACGACGCAUAUUCAGCCAAGCUUAACGGCUUUUUGGCAACAUUAACGCAGAAAUUGUGGAUGUAUGCUUUGGGAUUAGAGGAGAUGGAUCGACGAGCGACAUAUCUGCACUGAAACAACGGACGCGAUGCUAGCCUGCUAGCUUGCUCUUUGGUGUUUGUUCCUUCCGACUCAUAACGUUACUGUUGACGUUACAAUUUCGGAUAAGACGAUCAAAACUGUCGAGUCUUCUUGACUAGAUUAACGUAAACCUUAACGGUCAACUUUACUCGGUGACACUUAGCGUCUAGGUACAUUAUUUGUAUAAGUAUGUGCAUAUUUACUUUAGAAGUAGCUAUUAGCGUUAACGCUAGCCAAAAUUAGUUAAGCUAAUUAACAUAACGUUAGCUGAGAAGACACGUUAUUACACAGUUUGUAUGACUAACUUGACAUGUUACAAUUGGCAAUGGCGCUCAUAAACGGGUUUAGUAGUCUCUAACGUUAGCUGCGCGUUUGACGUACAAUUUGUGCUUACGAGGCAAAAUAUUAAACAGUUAUAAUUGAAAUAUUUUUAAUCUAUUGCUCUACAUUGUUUUUCGCGAAUUACCUUUGCUUGAUAGGUUGAUUGGAAACUUUACAACGACUACCUCUCCGGAUAAGACUUAGAAAAGAGACAGUAUGUGAUAUUUAAGGCAAUUUUCUGCAUCUCACACAGGUUGAAAUAUUUAACCGGGAGGGUUGGCUCAUCUUCAAAUGCUCUUGAAAGCCACAUGGGCUGUUAACUCUCCCAGAACGGCCUCAUCAAGAGUAGCUCGUAACAGUUAGAUAUGCGUCUGUCCUCCUUUUUGGCCGUGUUCAGGCCUGCUUUACCCCUUAUCCUCGGGCUGUCUCUGGGCUGCAGUCUGAGCCUUUUAAUGGUGUCCUGGACACAAGGGGACACGGAUGACUCCUGCAGAGAUGAACUGGGUAAUGGGGGGCUUUUUCUGGGCAGAGGAGAUGCUCAAAGGGACUCAAGGGAUGGGGCUGGAGAGGAAGACUUCCAGCCACGUAUAGUGCCCUAUCACAAGGACCCAAACAAGCCACAUAAGAAAGUCCUCAGAACACGGUAUAUUCACACUGAACUUGGCAUCAGAGAGCGACUGCUGGUGGGCGUGCUAACCUCUCGUGCAACCCUCAACACGCUUGCCGUGGCGGUGAACCGCACUGUUGCCCACCACUUCCACCGCACCUUUUUCUUCACGGGCCUGCGCAGCCCCAAGGUGCCUCAUGGUAUGACUGUGGUUGCCCACGGUGACGACCGCCCUGUGUGGCUGAUGUAUGAGACGGUGCGCCACCUCCAUCAGCACUAUGGCUCAGACUAUGACUGGUUCCUCUUAGCCCAGGACGACACUUACAUGCAGGCAGAUCGUCUGUCAGAGCUCGUGGGCCACCUCAGUGCAGGUCAGGAUUUGUAUAUGGGCAGGGCGGAGGAGUUCAUUGGUGGGGAGGAGAAGGCACGCUACUGCCACGGGGGUUACGGCUACCUGCUGUCUCGCAGUCUGUUGGCCCGUCUGCAGCCCCACCUUGACACCUGCCGUAAUGACAUUCUCAGCGUGAGACCUGAUGAGUGGCUGGGCCGCUGCAUUAUUGACUACCUGGGUCUCAGUUGUGUGGAGGUACACCAGGAGAUGACCUAUCGUUACUUUGAGCUCGGGAAAAACGCAGAUCCAGAGCGUGAAGAUAGCGCACAGUUUAAAAACGCCUUUACCGUCCAUCCUGUAUCAGAACCAAAUCUCAUGUACCGCCUACACAAGCGCUUCAGCCAGAUCGAGCUGGAAUGGACUUACCUUCAGAUCCAGCAGCUGCAGAUGCAGAUCAGCAACCUGAGUGACUUGACACCGGAAGGUAAGGCUGGAGUCACAUGGCCUGUAGGAAUCAAUCCUCCCUUCAAACCAAAGACCCGUUUUGAGGUUAUAAACUGGGAGUACUUUACUGAAGAGCAUAUUUACUCGUGCGUCGACAGCUCACCCAAGUGUGAGAUGAGAGGGGCUGACCGCGCCGAUGUAAACGCAGUUCUGGAGAUCGCGGUGGAGCGUCUGAACGAGCGUUACCAGCCGCAGCUACGCUUCCGCAAGCGGCGUCUACUUAACGGAUACCGGCGCUUCGAUCCCACACGCGGUAUGGAGUAUGUGCUGGAUCUUGCACUGGAGGCCUAUACCCAGAAAGGUCACAGCCAAGUCAUUGCCAAACGGGUAAACUUGUUGCGACCUCUAAGUGCAGUUGAAAUUAUCCCCAUGCCUUAUGUGACAGAGGCAACACGGGUGCAGGUCAUCCUACCUGUCACUGCCCAGGAUCAGGACUUUGUCGGUAACUUCCUCGACAUGUAUGUGAUGAACACUUUGGACACCCAUGACAAUGUUUUACUCACGUUCUUGUUCAUCUACGAUCCUUUCGAUGCACAGCGAGUCAGCCAGACUGAUGUGUUCGCUGGCAUCAAGGCCAUGAUCGGGGAGGUGGAGAAGCGCUACGGAGACGUGAAGAUCCCAUGGAUCAGCGUGAAGACGGAGGUUCCCUCACAGGUGAAGCUGAUGGACAUCAUCUCUAAGAAGCACCCAGUGGACACGCUGUUUUUCCUGGCCAGCACGUGGACCGAGGUCAACGCUGACUUCCUGAACCGCUGCAGGAUGAACGCCAUUAGCAACUGGCAAGUCUUCUUCCCCAUCCACUUCCAAGAGUACAGCCCGGCCGUUGUCUAUCGCGACCAGCAGCCCUCCGCUGCCUCCUCCUCUUUCGCCUCUGAGUCCCUGCGAGACGGCCACUUUGACCGCCACGUCUUCGAUGAGGCCUGCUUUUACAACGCCGACUACAUGACCGCACGGACCAAGAUGGCGGCCGACAUCUUGGACAACGAGGAGCUGCUGGAGAGCAUGGACGUGUAUGACAUAUUUGUACGUUACUCCGGCCUGCACGUUUUCCGAGCUGUAGAGCCUGCGCUGAUCCAGAAAUACGUGCGGCGGGCGUGCAACCCGCGGUUCAGUGAGGAUAUCUACCACCGCUGUGUCCUCAGCAACCUGGAGGGUCUGGGGUCACGCUCCCAUCUAGCCAUGGCUCUGUUUGAGCAAGAGCAAGCCAACAGCACCUAGAGGAACGCUCAAGCAGAAUAACAUGGAUUGUAAAAUAAUACUUUUUUUGAUCCAUAUACUGAAAAGAACAGCGUCAUCUUGCUCAAGGACACUUCAAUAGAGCAAAUGUGCGCUGAUGCAUAAGCUCAUAGUUGUAUCCUCCAGCUGAGAGACUCUCUGCACAGUGUGUAUGAGCACUUCUUAUGAGACUUAUGAGCCUGUAACUUUGAAUCCGUCAUGUCUAGACAACGUUGAAUAACGAGUCACUGAGGUCGCCUCACACAUCUCACUGAAUGUGGACCACAGACACUCACAGAUUACUGAGAAGCUGUCACUUGUAUUCCUGCUGUUGACGUAUUCUUACAGGAGCAGAGUAACGAUAUUUAUACUCCAAUUUUAAAGGAAUAAUGGAUGUUCUAUUAUGAAAUAUCAAAAGGUCUUCAUUGACUUUUGCUAUUGUUAACAUUUCAUUGAGAAAAAAACUUGAGCCAUGAGUCUGCCUUAGUGAAGAUGUUAAAGUUAAUACUGGAAACAAGCUGCCUUUUGUUUAGGACAUGUUCUCUUUUUUUUUUAAGAAGUAUUAAAGUGAUAUUUCUGCUCACA